AUGAUGACCUCUGAAAAUGCCACAGUAACUGGGACGGAGAGUGUGGCAGAUAUUUCUUCAACCAUCAGGCGUUCUACACUUUCACAUGUCAAUGGUGCACACGGAAAGAAGAGGGCCAACAUCAGCAUCGCGGAUUUCCCAAAACCUCUCACACAACAACAUACGUCCGAUUCACUUCGAAAAUUUACACAAAAGAAUAUGGAGUUUUUGAUAUGUUUAAGAUGUCACGAUUAUCGCAGACAAGAUCUCAUUCUAGGGGCUGCUCUUUACUUUAUAAUUCCAUGCCAUCUUUUUGUCGCCUACGUUGUCGAACUCGCCGCCGCGCAACAAGCAAGAGCUUCACUAAAGGGAAGCAAAAAGAGAGCUGGAAUAGCGACGCCAGGUGGUAGCUAUAUUGCUACCCAGGCCGAACAUGAGAAGUUCCAUUCAACUUGGAAAGUAAUAGCUUGGAUACACGGACUGAACAUAACGCUCUGUUUACUCAUCACAUCCAUAAUUGUCUACUUCUUCAUACAUCAUCCCCUUAUAGGCACAAUAACCGAGGCACACGCAAUCAUUGUCUGGUUGAAAACGUAUAGUUAUGCAUUCACCUGCCGCGAUCUUCGACAUGCUUAUCUCCACCCCUCUAGUAAAGAGGAAGAUGCAUUGCCAGAAAUAUACAACAAAUGUCCCUACCCACAGAAUAUCACGCUGAAGAACUUGACAUACUUUUGGUGGGUUCCAACAUUGGUUUACCAACCCGUUUAUCCUCGGACAAACAAGAUUAGAUGGGUUUUUGUAGGUAAGAGGUUGGCAGAAGUUUUUGGUCUCAGUAUUUUCAUAUGGGUUGCUAGCGCACAGUAUGCGGCCCCUGUUCUUCAGAACUCCUUAGAUAAGAUGGCAUCUCUAGAUCUUCCUUCUAUCCUCGAACGAUUGAUGAAGUUGUCUACGAUAUCUCUGGUCAUAUGGCUAGCAGGAUUCUUCGCGUUAUUCCAAUCUUUUUUGAACGUUCUUGCAGAGGUCACAACAUUUGGGGAUAGGAACUUCUAUGAUGAUUGGUGGAACUCGCCCAGCGUGGGAACAUAUUGGAGAACUUGGAACAAGCCUGUUUAUCAAUUCAUGAAACGACAUGUUUUCUCACCCCUCGUAGGCAGAGGCUGGAGUCCAUACUCAGCGAGUGUUGCGGUAUUUACAUUCUCCGCUAUUCUCCACGAAUUGAUGGUGGGCGUACCGACACAUAACAUGAUUGGCGUUGCAUUCAUUGGCAUGAUGGCACAGCUACCACUCAUUGCUAUCACGACCCCGUUAGAGAAAAUGAACGGCAUAAAUGGCAAGAUUAUCGGAAACUGUAUCUUUUGGGUAUCUUUCACCCUGGUUGGACAACCUCUUGCUGCAUUACUUUACUUCUUCGCGUGGCAAGCUAAAUACGGGAGUGUUAGCAAGCAGGUCAAAUAA